AGAAGCUUUCCAAACACCGUCGCUUGCUCCACAAGGCCUUCGCUGCAACUCUCUCUCUCUCUCUCCAGCUACGCUCCAAAAGAGAGGAGUGAGUAGUGACACCACUCUCUCUUUCGAGGUCUCUCUCUCGAGGACGGACGCUUUCUCUUGCCCACCAGAAAAAGGAAAAUGGACCUCGGAACCAUCAUCUCCGGCGGCUUCCUGGCGCAGAAGACGGCCGUGCUCGGCCUCCCCGUCUACGUCCUCCUCGCGAUCACCGCCGCCCUCCUCGUCGCCUGCGUCAUCCUCGCCCACCACUUCUUGCGCCGGCGGGCGGCGGCGGGGGUGAAGCACGCGUCCGGCCUCAUCACCUCGUCCACCAAGGAGAUCGCCGCCGAUCGUGAGCCGGAGGGCGACGCCGGGGAGGUGGAGGUGCAGGAGGAGGAGAAGGCGUUGGUGGGGGUCGAUAAGGCAAAUGGAGGGAAGGGGUGGAGAGAGUCGUCGUCGUUGGAGGCGGCGGAGAGGAUGGGGAACAUCGGGUGGGGGCGGUGGUAUUCGGUGGCGGAGCUGGAGGCGGCGACGGGGGGGUUCAGCCCCGGGAAUGUGAUCGGCGAGGGGGGUUACGGCGUCGUGUAUAGAGGAGUCUUGCCUGACCUCUCCGUCGGGGCCGUAAAGAAUCUCCUCGAUAACAAGGGUCAAGCAGAGGAGGAGUUCAAGGUGGAGGUCGAAGCCAUCGGAAAAGUACGGCAUAAGAACCUUGUGGGUCUGGUUGGGUACUGUGCAGAAGGUGCUAAAAGGAUGCUUGUAUAUGAAUACAUUGAUAAUGGGAACCUGGAGCACUGGUUGCAUGGAGAUGUUGGCCCUGUCAGUCCACUGACAUGGGAUAUCAGAAUGAAAAUAGCCAUUGGAACAGCAAAAGGAAUAGCAUAUUUGCAUGAAGGAUUAGAGCCCAAAGUCGUGCAUCGAGAUAUAAAGUCCAGUAACAUUCUUCUGGAUAAGCAUUGGAACCCUAAAGUAUCAGAUUUUGGACUAGCUAAGCUCUUGGGCACUGAUUCUAGCUUUGUAACAACACGUGUAAUGGGAACAUUUGGGUAUGUGGCUCCUGAAUAUGCAUGCACAGGCAUGCUUCAUGAGAGUAGUGAUGUGUACAGUUUUGGGGUUCUACUGAUGGAAAUAAUUUCAGGAAGAUGUCCAGUAGAUUAUAGCAGACCACCUGGAGAGGUAAACUUGGUAAACUGGUUUAAAGGAAUGGUAGGAAGUAGACGUGGAGAGCAGGUUGUAGAUCCAUCAAUGGAUGUUCAGCCUUCACCAAGAGCAUUGAAGAGGGUAUUGCUGGUUUGCCUUCGAUGUGCAGAUUUAGAUGCUCAAAAGCGGCCAAAGAUGGGGAAAAUUGUACACAUGCUUGAAGGAGAUGAUUUUCCUUUUCGUACAGGGCACCAAUUAGCUCAAGAAACAAGCUGAAUGCAUCCAAUGAAGCCAUCAAAUCAAUCCCACUUUUAUUUGAGGAUGUGAUAGCUUAUGAUUCGGGAAGGUCGAUGUGGAGAUGAGCCAGGGCCAAACAUCAUGUUCUGCUUUACCGGCCACUGCAAGUGUCCAACCCUGCUUGUGAUCAGCGACCAUGAAUCAAUAAUGCAGCAUGUGCGAGAUGAUAAUUUGCUUGGCUGCAAGACAGUUUGAAAGCUCUAACCCACAGCGGCUCACAUUCAGAGAUGAUGGAUCUUACUUAUAGGGAAUUUAAAGCUAGGCAUGUCUCGGGUGAAAUUCCAUUGUAAAACUUCUAUUUAAUUCCAUUGUAGAACUCUCUUUCUCUUCAGCUUUCUCAAAUUCAUGACAGUUUAUCGCAAAUUUACUUCAAGCUAUUGCUUAUACCAUUUAUCAUUGUCUCUCAUUCAUGCCCUUUUAAGCAGAUUUUGUGGACUGCUCUAUUCUUCUA